GGACUAUAUUGUUACAUGAUGGUCAGGGAAUCACGUCUGCAAUUAAUAUAAUCAAAAAGAAGCGCUAAACCACAAGGGCUAUACAGCAUCACGUCUACCAGAGCUGGUCAUUUACUCCAGUUCCCCCCCCCCCCACAAAUGAAAUAAUGCCACAGUUAAACCAGCAGGGUAUGUAGAAACCUAAAACGAUAUAAAACUUAGUGCAGAUCAGCCUAAAUAAUCUUCGAAAGGCCAAAAAGGAACUAAGGGUUCAUCUCUGCCUAUAGACUAACCAUAAUAGAUGUAGAUUGUUUUAGUGAUAUAUCAUUAUAGACCUGCAGCAGUUAAGCAAUAUGACCGGAGCCUUAGGGUAGGGACACUGGAUCAAAGUUUAAGUAAAACUCAUAUGAAAUCUCCAUACUGCAGAAAGCAGGAGGGCCACACUGAAGCCAUGAGUCUAAACAAGCCUUAAGGGAAAUUUAACCAACCAAAUGAAGAACUGGCUACCUUCAAAAGGCAAAACCAUACAAUACUGUCGCCUCACACAGUUGGAGGUUCAGUCCAUGGCAUGAGUGGAAAUGUUGGGCAUGUUUCCUUACAUCUGCUGUCCCUGUUCACCUGGCAGUAAGUAGGUAUCUGGGUGCUAGCUGAUUGGUGUGGGUUGCAUCCUGGGGGACAAGAUUGAAGGACUCCAAUGGAAAUAAGACAGUCCUCAAUGACUCACCGACUUUCUUGGGUUGUCCUGGGUGGCCAACCUGCCGGGUUUAAAAAUGCAAACAAAUCUUAGCUUCAUCUUGAUAUCAUAAUUGCACAGUAACUACACAGAACUUCAAGAUCAAGUAACCAACCCAGCAAGCAAUGACUGAACUGGAAACCAUGCUGAGUCAACACACAAACAAACAAGACAAUGGAACCCAAUCUACUCAGUCAGUAAGGUCCAAGGAAUAUAUUUCAAGACAGCUGCAGAGCAGUAGUGGCAUAGACAGCAGUGAAAGUAAGAGGGAAGCUACAGUUUAUGAAGAGCUGCUGCAGCAAAAUCCAAAGGAAGGAAGAGAGUUCAACAAUAGUAAUAACUCUUAUGAUAUUAGUCAAAAUUUUAAUAAAGAUCUAACUUUACAAUCAUCAGAAAAGCUUUAUAAGUGUGAUCAGUGUAAUUCAGUGUUUAAUCAAAAAUGCAACUUAAAAAGACAUCAAAAGUUGCAUUCUGGGUACAAACCUUUCAUAUGUAAAGAAUGUGGCUUAUCAUUUUAUGAGCAAGAUUCUUUAAAAAAACAUAGCAGAACCCACACAGGAGAGAGGCCAUAUAAAUGUGAAGAAUGUGAUGCAUCCUUUGCUCAUAGCGGUCAUCUAAAAACUCACAAGAGAAUUCAUUCUGGUGAGAAACCUUAUGUUUGUCAAGAAUGUGGGUUGUCAUUCUCACAGACUGGAAAUCUCAAAGUACACAUGCGUGUUCAUACUGGGGAAAAGCCCUAUAUUUGCAAAACAUGUGGGGCAGCUUUCUCAAUCAGCAGUGUAUAUAAAAAGCACAUCAUGGUCCAUACAGGUGAACGCCCAUUUAAGUGCUCUUUUUGUGGUGCUCGAUUCUCAAGUAAUUCAAAUUUAUCAAGACACAACAAAAUUCAUACGGGGGAAAAACCUUUUAAGUGUGAUAUUUGCAGUGCAGCAUUUCCAGUAAAGAAUUCCCUUGAUCGCCACACAAAGUCCCACACAGGAGAGCGGCCAUAUUGUUGUGAAAUGUGUGGUGCUGUUUUUUCAGAUAUGUCUGAUUUAACAAAGCAUCGUAAAAUACAUACUGGGGAAAAGCCUUUAAAAUGCGACAGUUGUGGAAUGGGAUUCUUUUCAAAAUCACAGUUGAGAAUCCACAUCCGAACUCAUACUGGAGAAAAGCCCCAUAAAUGUCUUUUAUGUGGUGUAUCAUUUGCACAGAUUGGCACUCUUAAUAAACAUAAGAGAACUCACACAGGGGAAAAACCUUUCAGAUGUGAUGAAUGUGGAUCUUUAUUUACAGCUAAAAGCAGUUUAAAGAAACAUGUAGAAAAACAUACAUAUGAUACUUCACCGCAACAUGCAAAUACAGUUAGUGACUCUGAUUUUCAAAGUGUUGAAUCUCAGAAUGUGGCCUUUUACGAUAUUCAAAAUAAGAUCUUAAAUGAUAAUAAUGUUUGCAAUCAGGAAACAUUACCAGUCUCAUCCAGAAUAUUAGGAGUUGCAUCAGUUAUGACUUCAUCAGUGGAAAUUGAUGGUAUACCCUUAAAUGCAAAUUCUAAUAUCCUCAAUCCAAAGGAUACUUUUCCAGCAAGUUGUGAUAACACUUUGUCAGUUAGUUCUCCCUCAAUAACAGAUCAUUCUGCCUUAAUAGCAUUGGAUUUAGAAAAUACAUCUCAAAUGUCUCAAAAUAUAAUAGCCGGAGGGAGAUUUCCUGUUUAUAAUUCCUCAUUACAUACUGUUAAUAUAGCUCUACCUGAGUGUCUUUCUGUGCCACUCCGCAGUCCUGAUACUUUUUCAACAAGAAGCACUUCAGCACUUGCAUUCUCAGAUUUGCAGAAUGAAACUGAGUUUUGUAGUUUGGAAAGAAACUCGUCCAAUAUUAAUUCCUCACCUGCUGCAUCUGCUACACUUCAUUACCUUCAGUCUGUGGCUGGCGUUCCUUCAGAAGCCUGUGUUCAAGCCACUCUCACUACCAGCACUUCAAAUCUAAGGUUGCCAUCAGUUGAGAAGUGGUAAAUAUAUCUGUAGCUUCUCUUAUUAAACCAAGAGCUUUGAAGUAUUGCAGUGUAUAGAAAGAUUCAUGUUACUGUAUUUGAACAAGUAUUUACUUAAUAGAUCAGGACAAGGAAAGGAAGCCAGCACAAGACUAGAUUAUACUUAUGAAAAUAAUUUAAGAUAUAAUUUGCAAGGAUAGUAAAUAAACACUAUUUUUUUAUAAU